AUCUACACUAGACCAGACAUUACAUCCAUCAACAAAGUUUAUAAUUGCCCGCCAGUAGAAUACAAGGCAGGGCCCGUGAUGGAAUCUUAUGCAAUACUUACGGCGAACUGUAGCUUUGAAUCCGUAACGAACCGGCUAUGCAGUUCUAUGGGGCGCCUAACGGCGGCCUGCCGAUUGCUGGAGUUGGCAAGUCAACCAGUCACGAUGGCACAAGCGCCUAUUCCACGAGACAUGAAGAAGAAAGCCGCUAUCCUUUCGUUGCCUACCAUCACCAGAACAUGGACAUCGACGCACUACCAGCCCCCAUAACCACUGCCGAUGCUCCCUUCGAUGACCUCGCCGACAAUGCUGAUCUGGUGAUCCGUACAGAUGACAAUGUCGACUUCUUCGUCCUCAGCGCGCUGCUAUCGCUGGGAUCCCCAUCAUCGUUCUUUCAUCAGGUUCUGCAAGGCAACAAGCAUACAGAGGAGAGAGAUGGCCUUCCUGUCCUCAGAGUGGAGGAGGACAGCGACACGUUCCGAGAUAUCCUCCUUUUCUGCUAUCCAUACGCCACCCCCAAGAUUGGAAGCAUCGAGCAAUUCAUGGAAGUGGGAAUGGCACUGAACAAGUACUGUAUGGAUCUUGCAACGGAGAGGUUCAUCCAAACGGUGCUCGUGUCAUCUGUGAUUAGCGAGCAACCUUUUCGGGUAUUCGCUCUAGCAGUCGCCAAUGGAUGGAAGGAAAUAGGAGAAGCUGCUGCCCGGAAUACUCUUUCCAUGCCUCUCAACCAGGUGGUAUCGGAUAUUGAAGAGCUGGGUGUAAUUAGUGCCCGCCAUCGGUAUCGUCUUCAAGAUUAUCAUGUACGAUGCGGGAAGGCUGCUCAGAUCCGGGCAGGGAUGGGAGUGUCGCUUCCUUGGCUUGACCAAAAGACUUCCGGUCUUACGUUCUUGCGCCGUGACAGUGUGUGUCCAUGGUGCUGUAGCGGGAUUCGUUUCGUGGCAUAUGGAGACUCAGGAGAGCGUUUAUACAGCCAUGGGUGGCUGGUUGAUACCUACUUUCAGCUGGUGAAUGCAAAGCUGCUCUUGGAACCCUGGCCGCAAGUUGCUCUGGACGAUCACAUCAUCGAUCAAACCAUUGUCGCUAGCAACAAGCAAUGCGGAGCUCACUGGAACAGUAUCGCUGGUAGCCAGAUUCUCCGCCUUGGAAAGAUAGUGGCGGAGGAAAUCGAUAGGCGAAUUUCAAAGAGCUCACCUCAGUGUCGCGUUGAAUAGCGGUGCUUAGGAUUUCCUUCUAUUCGAGGUGUCGAUGCACAGCUGCAUAAAGUAUAGGCAUCUUGGCGUCAAAGACUUGGUCACCAAACGCUAUCAUCAACGGUCUGGCUCUGAGGAGAGUAUAACGCUAUCAGAAGGAGGAUAUCUAGACAGCUCCUUGUCAGAGCCCGAGCAGGAUAGGCGAUACACUUGCCCUCUUCAAGCUGAUUGCUUGAGUCCUGUAACUUGCCGACAAGCACCUUCUACCAUGACUCUCGAUAGCGCCAAUUUGGGAUGCUCUGAUCCGCCCAAAAAUCUUCAGCAUUCUCCCGCUUUCCAUCCACCUCUCCGCUGGCCAGGCUUCUAUCAGCAACCCGUCGAAAAUCGUAUCAU